GCCCAUCCCACUUUGGCACCUGCUUUUUCUGUCUGGGGACACGGCACGGGAGCGCAAGGGGGAUAGGUUGUGGAUGUCGGCGAGUCAGGCUACAUGCCCGCAGCCAGGGACAGGUGUUACGGUGUAGGAGACACGUCGUCAGUAGAGGUCGCCUCUCGGUUCCACGGCCCCCGCUAUGUCGUCGGGCCUGCAGCCGCCACGGGCCUCGUCCUACACUCGAGAGAUCCUCCUGCGACUGAAGAGAAGUACCUGGGAACAGAGGUAUGUGCUGGGUGCGGUGUUCCUGGGCCAGUUUCUCUCCCUGUGUCUCUGUGGGACUGGAGUCACCAGUCAGGUCCUGGUGACAGACUACGACAUCUCCGUCCCCACCACCCAAUGCUUCCUCAACUACGUCCUCCUGGGGCUCACUUUCGGAGUCCAUUUCGCCACGAAAAAGAGGUUCUUGAGGGUCCUCAAGUACAACUGGUGGAAGUACCUCAUUCUGGGUGUGGUGGAUGUGGAGGCCAACUUCCUCAUAGUCCUGGCCUACCGCUACACCAACCUCACCAGCAUACAGCUGCUGGACUGUUUCACUAUAGUGGUCGUGAUGGUACUCUCAUUCGUGUUCCUUAAGACUCGCUACAAAUUGAUCAAUAUUAUGGGGGUCCUCCUCACCGUCAUUGGAAUUACAUGUCUUGUCUUCGCUGACUUCAACAGCUCCAGGAACAAUGGAGGCUCAGCGGUGUGGCUGGGGGACAUGCUGUGUCUGAUUGGGGCAGUGUUGUACGCAGCAGGGAACGUCACCCAGGAGUACCUGGUCAAGAGUCACACCAUCCUCGAGUACCUCGGCUUCAUCGGAGUGGUGGGAAGCUUUGUCUCCGGUGUUCAGCUCUUGGCUCUAGAGAGGAUGAACAUUGCCAGAAUAGAGUGGAGUCCGGCGGUGGGUGGCCUCUUCUCUGGAUUUGGUGUCUCUCUCUUCCUCUUCUACUCUGUGGCUCCCUGGGUGAUCCGGAUGUCCAGUGCCGUCGUCUUCAACCUCUCUCUCCUAACUGCCGACUUUUAUUCUCUCAUUUUCGGCAUCUUUCUAUUUGACUACAACUUCUCAGGCUUCUACAUCAUGGGGUUCUGUCUGGUGGUCGCGGGGAUAUUCAUCUACAACCUCAAACAUCCGGAGGAGAAGAAGUUCAAGGAGAGGACGCAGGAGCAGAGGAGAGAGAGGUCCAUAGAGAGACUCUACAGUGUCGCCACCACCAAGGUGGAGUCUAGUACAGAGCCUGGGGACAUAAACUGGAAGGUGCGAGGUCUUCUGGAAUCUUCUGCUGCUGAGUCAGCAUCCGACUGCGUUGGAAUACUCUCUGACUCUUACAGACUCAAAAUACGUCGUUACGGAGGGACCUCCACCGAGAUGAAGGCUGCCUCCUCUCUCUCCCUGUCUCGUUACGACUCUUGUCACGAGGGGCCUCUCCCCUAUUGGGGCGGGCGUAAUCUCCGUGACGACCGUCGGGAGAAGGAUCUCCGGGGCAACGGUUGCCAUGGUAAUCAAACGAGUGCCCACGUGGAGAUCGAGGCCGGCAGAAGGAGUGUUGGUUUCUCGCAGAGUGUCCCGAAUUAUGGGAUGAGCGGGGAGGGUGUUGGGGAAGGAGGAGGGGGAGGAGAGAGAAAGAGACAGGGAGAACCUGAGGGCAAAGAGCAGAGGAACUACAGCAGACAGGCGGGAGUGGGGGAGGAGGAUGAGAGGGAGAGAAAGAGGGAGGAGAGAGAGACGUUGAGGAGCGGACCAAAUCCAAGAAGAAGCUCUGAAUCCUCACUGGACCUCCAGGGACCGAGGGGAGAGGUGUCCCCUGCCAACCGGAAGCGUCGUCGACGGAGAAGGAGUGAGAGAGCCAGCCCUCACUCCAGGAGAAAGAGCACCCUGUCUCUGCUGGAGAGAGGGAGAGACAGACGUGGAGAAGAGGAAGAGGGAGGGUUUAAAAUGUCGUCCGAGGAGUCUGCGCAGGAGAAGAUGGUUCCUGUUCGAGAGAGGGAGAGAGAAGGAGGAGGCUUUAAUUAGGGAGCAUAGCGCCUUUUUCAGGGCAAAUCUAUCACGAGUUGUUUUUUAUGUCAUGUAUGUUCAGAUCAGCAGUCAUC